GAGUGGCCAUGGCAGAGUUCGCUCGCACCAUGCUGCUCGUGGUCGUGGACAACGAGUUCGGCCGAAUGGGGCCCUACUUGUUAGCAGGGCGACCCCCUGUUGUCAGCGCCACCGACUCCAGGGGAGGCUGCGACCACGUGACCAUCUCCAAGACGGGGGCAGCCUACUUCGCUUGCCUGACCGACUGCUGCUUCACGGCCUUGGGCCUCUUUGAGAUGGAUACUUCUGGGGAUCAGCAUAGGAACAGUGAGAAGGGUGAUCGUAAGUACGAGCCCGUGGCCUACAGGAGGCCAAGAGAGGCCCAGCUGGCCUACGAG